AUGCUGCAGAACUGGAAGCCCCAAGGAAAAAGAAAAUAUAAGGCCAAGGGAGAACUUGAAGUGGAGGCGCACAGCAGAAAAACAACUGACAAGAACCAGACUGUCAUGAGAAACUGCACAAAAAGGGGAAAAGAUGAUGAUACAGAUAAUAGUAAACAAAAGGGGAAAGAGGACGAUGAUCCAGAUAAUGGUAACCAAAAGGGGAAAGAGGACGAUGAUCCAGAUAAUGAUCCAGAUAAUGGUAAACAAAAGGGGAAAGAGGACGAUGAUCCAGAUAAUGGUAAACAAAAGGGGAAAGAGGAUGAUGAUCAAGAUAAUGGUAACCAAAAGGGGAAAGAGGACGAUGAUCCAGAUAAUGAUCCAGAUAAUGGUAAACAAAAGGGGAAAGAGGACGAUGAUCCAGAUAAUGGCAAACAAAAGGGGAAAGAGGACGAUGAUCCAGAUAAUGGUAACCAAAAGGGGAAAGAGCAUGAUGAUCAGCAGAUCCAGAUAAUGGGGAAAGAGGACGAUGAUCCAGAUAAUGGUAAACAAAAGGGGAAAGAGGACGAUGAUCCAGAUAAUGGUAAACAAAAGGGGAAAGAGGAUGAUGAUCCAGACAAUGGCAAACAAGAACAUGUAGUGUUUGUAGCCUACAAAGCAUGA